CCUUUGCUAUUGACAACUCGCUUUACAUCUUGAUCGCCCUCGAUUCCAUCACUCCAUUAUCAAUAGUGAAGUGAAUUGAAAUCUUGCCAUGUCCUUCCUCUUCAAUUGGCUAUGGGGAGCGACCCCUGACCCAAGAGAGUCUGCUCGGAACUCUAUCGUUGCCCUUCGCGAGCAGCUUUUGGUUCUGGACAAGAGGGAGGAGCAUCUGCAGCGAAAGAUUGAUGAAGAGUUGGCUAAAGCCAAAGCUAACGUCUCUACGAACAAAGCUCUCGCUUCUUCCGCACUACGACAGAAGAAGGCUUACGAGACCGAGUUGGAAAGGAUCUUCAACACUCGACUGACUUUAUCAGCUCAGGUGGACAGCCUGGAGACUGCCAACUUGAAUGCGGAGACGAUGAAGACGAUGAAGCAAGCGUCAGAUGCUAUGAAAGGGAUUCAUGGGAAACUCAACAUCCAAGAUGUCGACGCACAGAUGGAUUCCAUCCGGGAACAGAUGGAAGUCUCGAACCAGAUCAGCGAGGCUAUCAGCUCGCCACACAACUUGGGAAUCGAUAUCGACGAGGACGAGCUCAAGGACGAGCUGGCAGAGCUGGAAGAUCAGCAACUGCAGGAAAGACUGGCUGGCGCCGAAAGAGUCCCGGUGCAUUCCCCUGUGUCGAACCGGGUCGCUGCCCCUCGACAGCGUGUUUCGGAGGAACAAGACGAGGAGGCCAUGCUCCGUCAGCUUCAGGCCGAGAUGGCUUCCUGAGUCAUCUAAGACCCCGCACAUUCCUUUCUCUCGCCCUGUCACAACCACCUGCCAUGCGAUCUCACUCGAGGUCGGAUAGCGACGCCCUUUUGGGAUAUCUGUACUUUUACCGUUUCGUUGCUCACUCGUUGUAACAAUCCGCUCACGAACGGCCGUAUCUCUCAUAUGUAUACAUACCGAUGUUCAUCGCAUAAGCAUGA